GAUUGUGUAGUUCUUAUGGAGUCCCCUUUGAGCAAGAGGAACCUGCCAGCGUUGAGAUUAGCGGAUUUGGCAACGGCUCAGGCCCGGCCACUUCAGAAUAUGACACGCUUCCCGGCGCUGGUUAGUUCGCCCGCCCACUCCCAACUCCGCGCCGCCGUCGCGCACCUACUCCCGCGGGACCUGGGCGUUGACCCUGGCGUAGCCAUCACUUCGCUCGGACCUGAACACAUUGCCCAGGCGAGCGCGCUCAACCUCAGCCCUCCCUCUCAGGCGGCCCCGGUGCAGCUCGAGGCCCCGGCGGCCGCCGCCCACACUGCAGCCUCAGUCGCGCACCCGGGCGCGGGCACCUACCCAGGCGGCGGGGGCAGCAGCCGCAUGCAGCCCUCUGCGCCCCCGCCCUCAGCCCCUCCCCUUCCUCCCACCCCUUCCCCCCCUCCCCCUCUCCCUCCUCUCCCUCCUCCUCCUCCUGCCCUCUCGGGCUACACCACCACCAACAGUGGCGGCAGCGGCAGCAGCGGCAAAGGCCACAGUAGGGACUUCAUCCUCCGGAGGGACCUUUCCGCCACGGCCCCCGCGGCGGCCAUGCACGGGGUCCCGCUCGGAGGGGAGCAGCGGUCCGGCACAGGCUCCCCCCAGCACCCGGCCCCGCCUCCCCACUCGGCUGGCAUGUUCAUCUCCGCCAGCGGCACCUACGCGGGCCCGGACGGCGGAGGCGGCGGGGGCCCGGCGCUCUUUCCCGCGCUGCACGACGCUCCAGGGGCCCCCGGCGGCCACCCGCACCCACUGAACGGCCAGAUGCGCCUGGGGUUGGCGGCGGCGGCUGCAGCCGCAGCGGCCGAACUGUACGGCCGCGCCGAACCGCCCUUCGCGCCGCGCUCGGGGGACGCUCAUUAUGGGGCGGUGGCGGCCGCUGCCGCCGCCGCUGCCCUACAUGGUUAUGGAGCUGUGAACUUAAACCUGAACCUGGCGGCAGCGGCGGCGGCGGCGGCAGCGGCCGGGCCAGGGCCCCACCUGCAGCACCACGCGCCGCCUCAGGCUCCGCCGGCGCCGGCGCCCGCGCCCGCGCAGCACCCGCACCAGCACCACCCCCACCUCCCGGGGGCGGCCGGGGCCUUCCUGCGCUACAUGCGGCAGCCAAUCAAGCAGGAGCUCAUCUGCAAGUGGAUCGACCCGGACGAGCUGGCCGGGCUGCCACCGCCAACGCCCCCGGCCGGCGGCGCCAAGCCCUGCUCCAAAACUUUCGGCACCAUGCACGAGUUGGUGAACCACGUCACGGUGGAGCACGUGGGAGGCCCUGAGCAGAGCAGCCACGUCUGCUUCUGGGAGGAUUGUCCACGCGAGGGCAAGCCCUUCAAGGCCAAAUACAAGCUUAUUAACCACAUCCGCGUGCACACCGGAGAGAAGCCCUUCCCCUGUCCCUUCCCGGGCUGCGGCAAGGUCUUUGCGCGCUCGGAGAACCUCAAGAUACACAAGCGCACUCAUACAGGGGAAAAGCCUUUCAAAUGUGAAUUUGAUGGCUGUGACAGGAAGUUUGCCAAUAGCAGUGAUCGAAAGAAACAUUCCCAUGUUCAUACCAGUGACAAGCCCUACUACUGCAAGAUUCGAGGUUGUGACAAAUCAUAUACUCACCCGAGCUCUCUGAGGAAGCACAUGAAGAUUCACUGCAAGUCUCCACCACCUUCUCCAGGAACCCUUGGUUACUCUUCAGUAGGGACUCCAGUGGGUGCCCCCUUGUCCCCUGUGCUGGACCCAACCAGGAGUCGCUCCAGUGCUCUAUCCCCUCAGGUCACCAACCUCAAUGAGUGGUAUGUUUGCCAGGCCAGUGGGGCCCCCAGCCACCUCCACACACCUUCCAGCAAUGGAACCACCUCCGAGUCUGAAGAUGAGGAAAUUUAUGGGAAUUCCGAGGUUUCGCGGACUAUACAUUAGAAUUUAAUGUUAGUAAUAAUAAGCAAAAUAAUAAGUGGGAAUCCUUGGACCAUAUCCUGACCUGAGACAGUGCAGAGUCUGAGACACCCAUGACUCAGACUUGCCACCAGGUCUAAUUAGCCCUAUUUAUUCAGUAUGAAACCCUAUGGUGUUUGUAUGUUUAAUUAAUUUAAUUAAGAUAUUUGGAUGUUUUUUUCUUAAAAUAGAAACAAAAACCCAACCAAGCUGGACUUGUACGUUGUGGGGGGACAGGGCUGGGGGCAAAUUGUACCAAGGAAAAUGAAUGGAGUGAUUAUAAUCAUAAUACACAUU